AUGUCAGAUUCUAAUACAACUGACUUCACCAACCCCUCCACAUUCAUCCUGCAGGGCAUUCCUGGCCUGGAGGCUGCUUAUGUCUGGAUCUCCAUUCCCUUCUGCACCAUGUAUGUCAUAGCCAUCUUGGGGAACUUCACCAUCCUGUUCGUUGUGAAGAGGGAUACAAGCCUCCAUAGGCCCAUGUACUAUUUCCUCUGCAUGCUGGCCAUCACCGAUCUGGGCCUGUCUACAUCCAUGCUGCCCAAAAUGCUGAGCAUCUUCUGGUUCAAUUCCAAAGAGAUCAGUUUCAGUGCCUGCCUCACCCAGAUGUACUUCAUUCACUGCUUCUCGGUGAUAGAGUUUGGGAUCUUGGUGGCCAUGGCUCUAGAUCGCUAUGUGGCCAUCUGCCACCCCCUCAGAUAUUCCACCAUCCUGACAAACCCCGUUGUGGCCAAGAUUGGCAUGACUAUGGUGCUACGUGGUGGCAUGCUUACACUUCCCUAUCCUUUCCUGGCAAGGCAAUUGCCAUAUUGCAGAACCAACAUCAUCCCCCAGCCGUACUGCGCGCACAUAGCUGUGGUGAAGCUGGCUUGUGACGACACCCGCAUUAGUAAUUACUAUGAGAUCUUUGUGUUAUUUUCUGUGACAGGUCUGGAUUUGAAUUUCAUUGCCAUGUCCUAUACCCAGAUCCUCAGGGCCAUCUACAGCCUCCCCACAAAGAAUGCCCGGAUCAAGACUUUUCGGACCUGCAGCUCCCAUCUGUUUGCCACCUUAACCUGUUAUAUCCCAGGUCUCUUCAUCUCCUUCAUGAACCGGUUUGGCCAGAAUGUGCCCCUGUAUUUCCAUGUUCUCAUUGCCAAUAUGUACCUCAUGAUGCCUCCCAUGCUAAACCCCAUCAUCUACGGGGUGAGGACCAAACAGAUCUGGGGCAGGCUGCUCCAGCUCUUUACUCAUACAGGGGCCUAAUGGUUUCUCCUCGGGCUCUGACUCCGAGAUUGAACUAUGUGCAGAGCUGGCUGGUUAUAUGGUGCUGGAUCCUCUUUCCUGAAUCACUGACUGGACAGUCAAAGUGACAUUUCAUCCUUUCCUGGCCUUAUUGUGCUGUGUCACCAUGACUAACUGAGGAAUCAGGCUGUGUACAACUUAUUAAUUCAUAGGGUUCCCACCUUUCUAAUUGCUGGUAACUGGACCCCUGAGGCCCCAUGUCCUGCCCUGCUUAUACACCCAUGGCCCUGACCCCACCUCACCUCUUUCCA